CCGAGGAGUAUCCGUCACACCUCAGCUGGGCAGACGGCAGGGGGACACAGGGCGGACAUGGACUUCCUCAGGUUUCUUGGGCACCCGGAGGAGAUUUAUAACCUUCUCAGGUUUAAGAUGGGCGGCUGCCGGGCGGUGAUGCCCAAGCUGGACCGGGACUCCAUGAGCCAAAGCCUGCAGACCUGCUACAGAUACCUGAACGAAACCGACCCGAGCUUUGCUGCCGUGGUACCAAUUUUGGAUGAAGAAUUGAGGCAUGCUGUUUGUAUAUUUUACUUGGUCCUGCGUGCUCUGGACACCGUGGAAGACGAUAUGACCAUUAGCCUUGAGAGAAAGAUCCCAACGCUACGUAACUUCCAUACCUACCUGUAUGACCCGGAGUGGAAAUUCACUGAGAGCAAAGAGAAGCACCGACAGGUUCUCAAGGACUUCCCAACGAUCUCUCUGGAGUUCAGAAAUCUACCUGUUGUUUACCAAGAGAUUAUUGUAGACAUAUGCGCCAAGAUGGGAGAGGGGAUGGCGGACUUCCAGGAGAACAAGGGGGACUCAUUGAAGGAGUGGGACAGAUAUUGCCAUUAUACUUCAGGCCUGUUUACAAUUGGUUUGUCCCGUCUGUUUUCUGCAUCGGAGUUGGAAGAUGGAUAUAUUGGCCAGGACACAGACUUCUCAAACACCACGGGUCUAUUAUUGCAAAAAGUUGACAUCAUUGUUGACUACUUGGAAGAUCAAUUGGAAGGUCGAGAGUUCUGGCCAAAAGAGGUGUGGAGUAAGUACGGAAAGAAGCUCUCAGAUUUGGCAAAGCCAGAGAACAUCGUCCCGGCUGUGCAGUGUUUGAACGAGUUGAUUACCAACGCCUUGAACCAUGUGCCGGAUGUCCUCACAUACCUGUCACGGCUUAAAAACCAAAGCAUCUUCAACGUCUGUGCCAUCAUCUAUGUAACGUCUAUUGCCACUCUGGCUGCGUGUUACAACAACCAGCAAGUGUUCAAAGGUGUUGUGAAAAUACACAAAGAACAGGCUGUCAAUCUACUGAUGGAUGCCACAAAUGUGGAAGCUGUGAGGGCCAUCACGCUCCAGUGUAUUGAACAGAUCAAUCAGAAAAUUCCUCCGUCAGACCCCUCAUCAAACAAGACAAAGCGCAUCCUUUCCUUUAUACGCAAUCUGUGCUUGCCAAACAGCUCACUUCUAUCGUAA